UUGGCUCAAGCUUUUGCCAUUCAACAGCAACAACAACAACAGCAACGCGCAUUAGCUGCCAUUCAACAAAAUAUCCAUACUGCGAAUCCAUUCCUUCAAGCACUUACAUUACAAAAUAUUGCCCAAACUUUUAUGCUAAACCCAACUAAUGAUAACCUGCAACGACCGCGUUUUUUCUGCUAUUUGUGUUUCAAAGUUUUCCAGUCACAGUCUCAAUAUACAAUCCACUAUUUCUUAUUCAGGGACAACGCAAACUUACCGGAACAAUUAUUUGAACCUAAUCAAUUAACAGAAGAACCAACUGCUUCUAAUACGACAAAUCAUUGUGAACAAUGUGAAAAUAAUCGUCAGAAAAUUAAAGAACUCGAGCAAACACUUGAGUUGACACGACUUGAAUUAAGAAACACGCAACAAUUAAUGGAACGAAUAAGCACUAUGGCUGGAUCUUUACUGGAAUCUUGUACGAGUUUCGAUAAACAAUGGCAUAUGCAAAGUCGUAAAGUUUAUUCACAACUCGAAUCUGUUUUCUACAAAAUCGAAUAA